GCUGCAGAGUUGGAGACCGGGGCUUGUUAGCAUUCACAUGUCCAGCCAACUGUCGGUGGCAACGCGGCGUCUCGUCGUCGUUGAAUGACGUUACGAAGAAGAAGAGCGUUACGACAAUGUCGUGAAAAUCCCGUCAUCAACAACACCAAGCUGAAAGCAAGCUUCAGUUGAUCGAUAAGGCUCCUUUUCUUUUUCGACAUUACGUUUCCAGCUUCUUUUAAAUGCCAGGUAUCGGCUCACGGGAACGGUUGGAAUGGAAGCUAUGGACGAUGACGGUUCGGACGUAAAAGAUGACCACAAUCACAACUAUUGUGCGAGCAGCAGCGGGGCAGGAGGGUCUCCUCGGGGGAGUUUGCGAUGCCACAGCGCAUCGGGUUCACAGUUCAUGGACUCGGACUCAGGCAGCGAGUGCGGCGAGACCGAAUGUGCGAGCCCGGCGGCAGCGUCUGCCGAACACAAACACACUCUCGACUCGACUUCCAACUUCCUUCUCAAUGCAAUCGCCGUGGAAGACUACCGUAACAACCACUGGCCAAACCUGGAGAAGGCCAUAGAGCGCCUGCUAAUACAGAAUCCCACGGACCACAUCUCCGUUUCAUAUGCUCAGAUUUACAGUUGCGUCUACAAGUGUGUGUGCCAACAACACUCCGAGCUACUCUACAAUGACCUGAAAUCCAAAAUAGCAAAUUAUCUCCAGCGGGUAUCCACAGAGCUACAUGCCGUCCCACUUGAAAACUUGAUAGAAAGUUUCAACACGGCCCUGACACGAUACAUAACAUCUCUUCAGUGUAUUGUUCCAGUAUUUAUGUAUUUGAACAAGUUCUACAUCGAGUCGAAGCUGAACCGUGACCUGAAACAGGAUCUGAUGAACCUGUUUGCUGAUCAUGUUGCAGACAAAUAUGUCAACACACUCAUGCCUCUUCUCAUUAAAGCUCACGCGGUGCCCUUCGAAGUACAGCCGUCAACCAUGGCCAGCGUGGUUAAAGGCCUUCACAGCCUCCGACCAGAGUGGGCCCAGUUGGCACCUGCUCUCUUCUCUAACUUUAUUCCUCAAAUCAACCCUCCUGCUAUGGAAUCUCUGCUGCUGGACUAUGCUGCUCAUGACCAGAAGCUCCAGAUGGAGCUUUCCAUGAAUGGCUUUCCACGAGGUGAUCAGUCUCGCAAGCGGGCCAACGAUGACUCUUGAGUGGAAGGUGGGCAUCAGCAUUUACACGACCCUAUGUUGUCGCUGUUCCAUGUGAAAGGUACCAACACUGAACGGGUCGGGACUGGCCAGCUUCUGAAGCAGCAUCAGAGGACUAACCGAACAGAGUCGGGACUGAGGCUGUGUAAAAGGAAUAGCGGUAUGUCGGGGCCGGGGUAUGACUCACUUCUCCCGUAUGUCACACCAGACGCUGCAGUGGACGACGUCAUGGUGUGUCAUGUGUGAACACACACACACACGCAGCUAUUUCUUGGUUCGAUGGGUUGUGAAAGGUUCAUGCUCAUAAAUGCCGUCCAGCUCUGUUAUGCGUCACACUGGGUGAAGGGGGCUUAUGUUACUGUGUCUCACACCUGUUUAUAUAAUAUAAACAGCGUGUCACCUCUGCUUAAGCCUGAACAUCAGUGACAUUGAUCACAGGUAAAUGUAAAGCGGUCACUCCAGUGUCAGCGGACAUAUCCUUGUUUUCUGUCUUUGUCAGAGUGCCUUCAUGGUGUCUGUUGUGAUAAAAUUUCAUACAGAGGUGAUAGGCUGAUAAUGCUAUUGCAUUCCUAACAUUUGUCAUGAAAAUGUCUUUCAAAACAAUGGCCUAACAAAGACUUGUGCUGCUAAUUACCCACACAGUAUGUUUGUAUACCAAUCCCUUGGUUUCACUCCUUGUGACUGGAGUGUAGCGAGAUGGGAACUAAACUGUGAUUCUCCAUCCAUGUUGUUGCCUUUACUGUGUUGGUAAACGGAAUUGUGUUGCCACUGAGACCAAAGACGAUUUGCAGUCCAGUACUUCGUAUUGAUUGGGUACGGAUUCAAGCUAACAUUGUUAAUUAUGCAUGUUUACUUGUCUUGAAUAUAUAUAUUUUUUUAUACUAACAGUUUCAGCGUUCUUGUUUUUGAAAUCAGAACUUAAAUCUGUGUGUUGUAGCCUUGCAUGUAGGAUUUUGAGUCAAGAGUGCCAUCAAGCCUAUUUUUGCCUUGUUUUUAAUGUGUAAAUGUGUCAAGUCUGAAUCUUCAUACAACAAAUAUGCACAUUUUACAAUCUGCAGGUCUACAUGAAAAGUGUGUAACGAAGUUUCAUAUUUGUACAUUAGCAUUGACUAAGCUAUUUCUCACACAGGCAUUUUAGUGUAAUAAUUCACUUUGCUUUGUCUUACACUGUUUUAAGUGUGACCUAGAAGCUCAGUCCUGCUUUUUAUUUUGAUCUUUAUCUCCUGAGAAUGCAUGUCACUGUCAUAUUUCAAUUACUGAUGGCACCCAGCAUUUUAUUUACCAACAAAAUGACUUGGAGGUAUGGCAGCAUACUGUAUUGCACUCUGAAUUCAAAAUGUCAAAAGUGCAUGUACCUCUUUAUGUGUAACACAGUGGAUCUUGAAAAUCAAUACACCACUGUAAAGUGUUUGUGUGAAAAAAUAAUGUGACUUAAACCUUCCAUCUAUCCAUCCUCCAUAGCGCUUGUCUUUAUUAGGGUUGUGGGUGAGCGGGAGGCUAUCCCAGCAGACUUUGGGAAAAAGGCGAUGUACACUCUGGACUGGUCACCAGUAAAUCAAAGAGCACAUAUGAGUCAUUUUCAUGUAAUUUGAUCAAUAACAGUAAAGACCUGGCCCACUGAAUUUCCUUUUGAAAUCAAUGAACUUUACUGAUUAUAUUAUGGUGCACGACUGGUUAGCACAUCCGCCUCACAGUUCUGAGGACCGGGGUUCAAAUCCUGGCCUCGCCUGUGUGGAGUUUGCAUGUUCUCCCCGUCCCUGCGUGGGUUUUCUCCAGGCACUCCGGUUUCCUCCCACAUCCCAAAAACAUGCAUGCUAGGUUAAUUGACAACUCUCAAUAGCUCGUAGGUGUGAAUGUGAGUGGGAAUGAUUGUUUGUUUAUAUGUGCCCUGCGAUUGGCUGGCAACCAGUUCAGGAUGUACCCUGUCUCCUGCCCGAUGGAUAGAUGGGAUAGGCUCCAGCAUGCCCGCGACCCUUGUGAGGAGAAGCGGCUCAGAAAAUUGAUGGAUAUAUUUGAAUUAUUGGCAGUUAUCAGUGAUAAGGUCAUAACUGUUUCUAAGAGAAAAAAUAAUAAUUUUAACAUUUUUAAUGCCAAUUGUCUUUACUGUUAGGUGUCCGAAAUGAUUUGCAACAUAUUUUCUGAAGAUGUCAAUUCCAUACAUAGGAAUUUUUUUUUCCUAUUUCUUAAAUAUGCCUUUUCUGUGAAAACUAACACAAAUAUAUCUUAGUGUCCUCAGUGUUCCUUUUUGGUUCUUUCACAAACAAUCCUUUGUCACUCAAGCAGUCUUUACAGUUAAUGCCACUGUACAGAGCCUCAUUUUGUUGUUGCAAUAGACCAGAGGGAUCUGUGAGCUGAAGUGCCAGGAUGAACCAGAUCAUUUUGCAUUCCAACAAUAGCAGACAGCAAAAUAAAUGGUUAUUUCUGAGAUAUGAAUGAAUCUAUGAAUUUGCGAACGUGUCCUAACUAUUGCACGUUUUUACCAUUAUUACGAUUGUAUAAAGACAAGAGUGUAAUUAGUUUGAGUAGUUAGGAUCAUUUCUACACUUGUAUCCACAGUGUUUGAGGGCAACACGUAAAUUGUGCAACUCACACUCGUUGUAUGAAGCCGUUUGUCUUUACCGUUAUACAAGAAGUGUAUUUCAGUGGCUCACUACCAUUUCCUCUGUCAAUAAGGAUUGCCUUUCCUAUGAAUGUCUACAAUUUUAAAUCAAUACAUUUCUGAAAAUAAUCCCAAAAACAUGAAGACUAAAUUGAAUGUGACUGCGAAUGGUUUACACGUGGCCUGCAAUUGGCUGGCGGCCAGUUCAGGGUGUACCCCACCUCUCGCCCAAAGAUAGCUGGGAUAGGCUCCAGCACGCCCGCAACCCUUGUGAGGAUAAGCAGGACAGAAAAUGGAUGGAUAGAUGGAAGACUAAGCAUGGGAGGCAUUUAUGCAAAUAAAACCAAGGUGCUAUAAAGAAAAAAUAAAUUCAUUCAUUUCCAUACCAGUCAUCCUCACAAGGGUCGUGAGCGUGCCGGAGCCUAGCCCAGCUGACUGGGCAAGAGGCGGGGUACACCCUGAACUGCUCGCCAGCCAAUCGCAGAGCACAAAUAACCAUUCGCACUCACAUUCACACCUACGGACAAUUUAAGAGUUCAAUUUACCUACCAUGCAUGGUUUUGGGAUGUGGGAUGAAACCCAUGCAGGCAUGGGGAGAACAUGCAAACUCCACACAGGCGAGGCCGGGGAUUGAACCCCGGUCCUCAGAACUGUGAGGCAGGUGUGCUAACCAGUCGGGGGGUGAGAGGGGAAGGGGGAAAAAAAAAAAAAGGGCAUUUAAAAUAUUAAAAUGACAGUUCUCAGUAUGAUGACAGUUUUAUGCUACUGAACAUUAUUACUAUUCCUUUAUUUUUAAUACAUUUUAAAAAAAUCAAUAUUUAAAUUGUCCUUAAGAGGGAUUCUCUGUAGAAUAAACUAAUUGGUAAUUGGUGAGAAGUCAAGCAGUAUACUUUCCUUUAUUAGCUGUACUGUAUGAAUGCAUAAGUAGAGGUGGGUAACCAAAUAUUGUACUCAAGAGUACUGUUACUUUAGAAUAAUAAGACUCAAGUAAAAGUAAAAAGUAGUCAUCCAAAUAUUUACUUGAGUAAGAAAGUACUCAAUGAAAAAACUACUCAAAUAAAGAGUAACUUGUGAGUAACUUCAGAUUUCUUUUAUUUUUUUUAAAUCAGAGCAUGAACAUAAAAUUUAAAAAAUAAUAACAUAUGAGAGUCGACACACACCUGCCACCAUUUCAAUUCUUAACUGCCCAAAAACCAACAACACAUACAUUGGGCGCUACAGAAACAUUAUUUGCUUUCUUUGCUGAAAUGACUUCAUGAAGAAGCUGUUUGCUGACCAGACUUAGUGAUUGCGUGUGCGACACCGUAGGGAUAGAGCUAAUGUUGCCAUGUCCACUGCCAAAGCAACAAUACAAACAUCUGCAACUUACCGCAAGGUGUUUUCUCAAGUUUGAAGUGGGCGGAAAUAUCCAAGUUUGCAUUCACAAUUGAAGAACUGCAUGAUAAAGCUGUUGUUUUGUGGAGUGUGUAAAAUAAACAGUCGCGCGGCUGUUUACACCCGCCCCCUCAAAUGAGUCAUUUUGAUUGGCUCGCGAAGGCUUUGUGCGCGGUCAUGUUGACUGCUUUGUGUCGUCUGAUUGGUGAAUUGGAGUCAAAUGACAUUAGUGAUCCCGUUUGAUUGGCGCAACGGACACCCUAUGCGGAAGUCGAAGAGGAGUCCAAAAAUAAGACGCCCACAAGCAAGAAUGGAUAAAUAAAAGUACCGAAGGGCAUGUCAAUCAUUGUAACGGAGUAAAAGUAAAAGUACUGUGCAUUGGAAGUACUCUGACAAGUACAGUUUAUGGAAAAUGUUUGAGCAAAUGUAACGCGCUAAAUGUAGCGCGUUACUACCCACCUCGAUAUAAUGACCUUCUCUGUAUGAUGCAGUACACUUUACAUCACUGCAAACUGUCACCAAAAUAAACCUAUUGUUCAUGAA